GCAACCAGAGGAUAGAGGAAGAGAUAUUAUAGGGGAGAUUUGUGGCUUAACUUUCGUGGUUCAGUGUAAGGCUUGGUAUCAUCAAAAGAUAGAUAAGAUUAUUAUAAUACUUGUGAGGGACCAAGAUGAGACUGGUCCAAC